GCAACGCAAGGGCAGCAACAAAAAUAACCCCAAACGGCCAAGGGACAGGACUUUUCUUGGCGGGGCUACGGCGAAGCUUCCACCCCUGGAUUUAAGGCGUUGUAACGCGUGCUCGGGACACUCCAAGGGAAGUUGAAUCAAACUUCUUCUUUUGUUUAUUUGUUUAAUUUUUAGCCCGAGGCCUUGCGGCUGCUCAUCAUUUCAUCCUCAUCUAAGGGUUUUCUGCGCUCGGCUGCAACGCGCGCCGGAAACGCUACCAGCCCGCAGCUCUAGCUCGGCUUUCGGAUGAUGCUUGUCCCGUGCCACCCUGCGAGGGACGGUCUGGCAGCGGAAAUCGGGCUUCCUCCUCUUGUUAAGCAGCAAAACCCCGAAGCAAAGCGAGGAAACGGAUCCAGACGCCGACGUCGCCGCUCUGCCACCCUGAAUAUCAACCCGGCGCCUUGUGCAAGGGAAGGCGGCAGGUCAGGGGCACCACGCCUCCCUCCCUUCCCCCCGCUCUCCCUCGGCCCGCCCCGCCUUCCUUCGCCCGGUGUGUGGUGCAGCGCGCGGCGGAGGCGCAAGCGAGCGCUUUGGAGACGCCGCGCUGACUCGAGCGAACCCCCUCCGACCGCUCGCCCGGCUCUUCCUCCGCUCAAGGGGAGUCUGCCUGAGGUGGAAAGGGGGGCAAGGAGAAGGGAGGGGCUCCGCGAGCCAAGCAGGCGGGAGCCCGGAGUGGUGGGCGGGGUGGGGAAGAGAGAGGAAAGGAGAGGAAGAGCUCCGCUUGAGGUCUGGUUACGAGAGAUGCUAGCUGGGAGGCUUGCCGGUCCGCCCGAGGAAAGAAGUUGCCUGGAGGAAGGUAGAGGAGGCCGCGGCACGCGCCCGGCGGUGGAUUGUGCCGGACCUGCAUUUCCUUAGCAAGUUGGAAGAGUUUGGACUACAUUUCCAGGAGCACAAUUAUAAUUCCCUGCCUUGGCUGUGUAACCACAUUCCGAAGUGUUGUUACAGAGAUGGAGCUCUCUAAAGUUUCAGUCAACCUACAGUGUACAUUUUAAAGAUUUUUUUUCCAAACCUAAAAAAAAUAUUCUCACAUAACUGACUGUGCUAACUUUUGAUGAAAUCCAAGGACAAUGAACUCAUUUUCAUUUUGGGGUCUUUUCCUUCAGUACAGUGAAAUCCCAUUCUCACUGUGUUCUUUGGGGAAAACCUGAACUAGUCUACAGUUUUCUUUUUUUCAAUCUUACCAACUUGCUCUCAACAUUGAUCCAAACUAUUCAUGUUAAAGUUUCAUCUAGUAUGCCCUGAUUUUCAAGAUCUGUGAAGUAUUUUCUUUAGCCUCAAUUUUAAAAAAAACAACUAUCGCACAAGGAUUUUUUAAUUGUUUGUAGAAGAUUACUUUUAUGUACUUGAUUUUCCUCCCUGACUACUGUAAAUGGAUCCUUACUUCAAUGCUUUAAUGGUACUAAUAUGAGGCAUUGCAUUCAUUGUUGCAUAGCAUUGUUAUCAAAUGACUUGCAUAAACAUUGUUUCAAGUGCCGAGGCCCAAGUCAUAAUAUCCAAAAGUGUCCUCUAUGCAGAGGAGAAAAUCAAGUUUUGUUUGUGGAUAGCAAGCAGAUGAACUUACUUGCAGUUUUGGAAGUGAGGACUGAUCAUAAUGAUAGCUGGGCUGGACUGUUUUGUUUGAAGAAAGGGAAGAUAUGCAGCUUAUUCUUUGGAUUAUUAAUAAUGAUGUUAGUGACCGCAUCUUAUAUUCUGACUGGAACUAAAGAUGGUCUUUUGCUUAUGCAACCAACACUCCAUUAUGGAGUUUUUACCAGCAAUUCAAACUUAAUGGACAAUGGCAAUUUCUGUGAUAAGAAAGAACAUUACCAAAAAUCUAAAACAAAUAUUUCAUAUGCAAAGGAUUAUUCCAGCAUUAAAGUAAUUAUUGACGCUAUAGCUUCACACAUUGAGUUCAUACCAAGGUAUCCUCCUGACUUGGAAGAUCUGAAGAAGCAAGAGACACAUAUGUUCUCAGUAAUUCCCAACAAAUUUCUCCCAAACAGCAAGAAUCCUUGCUGGUAUGAAGAAUACAAAGGAAACAAUACCAGAAACCCUUAUGCCUCAAACUCCUACGCCUUGUAUUCCAAACGUUUUCGUACAACAUUUGACUAUCUUCGAAAAGUAUUUUGGAAUCAUUUAUAUCAUUAUGAUGACAAAUAUUACCGGCUGCGCUGUCUUCCUCAUUUUUAUAUCAUUGGCCAACCGAAAUGUGGAACAACAGAUCUUUAUGAUAGGCUCAGACUACAUCCUGAAGUGAAAUUUUCAGCAAUUAAGGAGCCUCACUGGUGGACCAGAAAACGUUUUGGGAUAAUUCGUUUGAGAGAUGGAUUUCAUGAUCGUUACCCUGUGAAUGAUUACCUAGAUCUGUUUGAUUUGGCUGCCCAUCAGAUUCAAAAUGUGCUGCAGAGAGAUUCUGAGAACAGCUAUGAAAAGAGGAGCAACAUUAUUAUUGGAGAGGCAAGUGCUUCAACAAUGUGGGACAACAAUGCUUGGAUUUUCUUUUAUGACAAUAGUACAGAAGGGGAACCUCCAUUCUUAAUACCAGAUUUUAUUCAUGCCUUCCAGCCAAAUGCAAAACUUAUUGUUAUGCUUAGAGAUCCUGUUGAAAGAUUAUAUUCUGAUUAUCUCUACUUUGCAAGUGCUAAUAAAUCUGUAGAAGACUUCCAUGAAAAAGUGGCUGAGUCAUUACAACUCUUUGAGAAUUGCUUGACAGAUUUCUCUUUGAGAGCCUGUGUAUACAACAACACCCUUAAUAAUGCCAUGCCAGUAAGACUUCAGGUUGGUCUGUAUGUUGUUUUUCUCCUUGACUGGCUGGCGGUUUUCAAUAAAGAUCAAAUAUUAGUUCUCCGGUUGGAGGAUCAUGCAUCCAAUGUAAAAUUAACUAUGCACAUAGUGUUCCAGUUUCUUGAUUUAGGUACUCUAAGCGAAAAACAAGAAGCUCUAAUUACUAAAAGUCCUGCAUCAAACACUAGAAGACCUGAGGAUCGGAAUCUAGGUCCUAUGUUGCCUGUCACAAAAGAAAUUCUGUGUGAUUUCUAUCAGCCUUUCAACAAAAAACUUGCUGAAGUUCUUUCUGAUGAAGCUUUUUUAUGGAAAAAGUCCUGAUUUGACCAUUUCAGAGCCACCAUUGCAAUGCUUGGAGAGAAAAAGAUAUAUUUUUUAAAUUUUUGUUUUUCAGAUGUAAAUAAUUGCCAUUGUGAAGUCAGUAAAUCUGCAUUUUCAUGUUUCUCUCACUUGUAAUUAUACAAUAUUCUUUUCCACACUGGAGCCCUUCAAGUGUGUUAGGGCUAUGCUCCCCAGAACUUGGGUCAGCGGGGGAACUCCCUAUUAAGGAAUGCUGGAAUAUGAACUGGAUUUCCAAAGAGGAAUAUAAUGAUUUUUGCCAUUUUUUCUCAACAAAAGAAUAGUGUACAGAUAAGUUUGGUUGAAGCAAUCUUAAGUCUUCUGGUUUUAAAAUAACUGUAUUAUAAUACAGAAAUUAGCACUAGAUAUCUAAAAUGCACAUUCAUUUCCACUUUUAAGUAUAUCUUGCAAUAUUUGGAAACUGUUUAAAAUGGCUUUUUAACCAUUAAAAGUUAAUUAAUUUUAA